GGGAAGGAAUCACAUUUUGCAUUUUAUAUCUUUCUCCAGGGAAAAAAAAGGAAGAGAAAGAGAUUCUGCAAAUUGCAAGAUCCCACCAUGCUCUCUCAUCCUUCUCCAGUAUAAAAAGGAGCGAGGGCGACCAUCUCUUCCCCAAGAAGAACACACAACGCAAUCACCCAACUUAAAAAGGAAAAGGUCCUUUUCUUAGACAUACUCUCUCUCUCUCUCUCUCUCUCUCUCUCUCUCCUCUCGGUUUCUUUGGCCCUGAAACCCAAGACUAGAAAUGGCAUCAAGUUCGCUCUCGUACAACUCAUCAUCAUGGACGCCUAUGCAGAACAAGAUGUUCGAGAGGGCGCUGGCCUUGUACGACAAGGACACUCCCGACCGGUGGCACAACGUGGCCCGGGCCGUCGGCGGGAACAAGUCUGCGGAAGAAGUGAAGAGGCACUAUGACAUCCUCGUGCAGGACCUCAUGCACAUUGAGUCCGGCCAAGUCCCCUUGCCCAAGUACCGAGCACCCUCUGCCUCCUUCAGCACCAGCAGAGCCAUUGCUGAUGAGCAGAGGAUACUGAAGAACCUCAAGCUCUAAUGACGGCGAAAGCAAUCGCCCGAAGAAGAUCUGUAAAUUGUAAAGAAACGAAAGAAUUAAGCAGCCGGCGACGUGAAGGCUGCGGUUCUGCUCUUCUCCUUCCUCGUUUUCUUUGAAAGUUUCCCUAAUGCCACCUUCCGGUGUGAUUAUGCGAUGGACUGCUCACUGUUUGUCUGUCAAACUCUGUAUCUAUGAAGCAACGCUUAAUUUCA